AUGCGGCGUAGUCUGUGCAAGGCAAAUACUCGAAUAACCAAACAUGGCCUCAUUUCAAAAAUACCCGUUAUCAAUCUGGAGCUGCGCGAGGUGAAGGACAUAGUAUGGGAGAAGAUACAGGAGCCGGUGAACCAGCGCCGUCUAAUUCUGGUUAUAGUAUCCAUAGCACUGCUGCUGGACAACAUGUUGUAUAUGGUCAUUGUGCCCAUUAUACCGGAUUAUCUACGCGAGAUUGGCAGCUUCGAUGAUGGGCCCACGCCGCCGCCGCUGCGCGACAAUGUGACGGGCAGAAUAAUUCACGUGCCGCACGAUCAUCACGGCCAGGACUCGGCCACGGGCAUACUCUUUGCCUCCAAGGCCAUUGUGCAGCUGAUGGUGAAUCCGUUCUCGGGCGGAUUGAUUGACAAAAUUGGCUACGACAUACCCAUGAUGAUUGGCCUCACCAUUAUGUUCUUCUCCACGGCCGUCUUCGCCUGCGGCAGCAGCUACAGCGUUUUGUUCUUUGCGCGUUCGCUGCAGGGCGCUGGCUCCGCCUUUGCGGACACCUCGGGCCUGGCCAUGAUAGCGGAUCGCUUUACGGAGGAGAACGAACGUUCGCAGGCGCUGGGCAUUGCCUUGGCGUUCAUCAGCUUUGGCUGCCUGGUGGCGCCACCUUUUGGCGGCGCUCUGUAUCAGUUUGCGGGCAAGGAGGUGCCGUUUCUCAUACUGGCGCUGGUCUGCCUGAUAGAUGGCCUCAUGCUGCUGCUGGUCAUGAAGCCCGUCAAGGAGCAGCUGCGCCAGAGCAAGGAGGUGCAGCAAGAGACCAUACCCAUCUGGCGUCUGCUCAUGGAUCCCUACAUAGCUGUCUGCGCCGGCGCGCUGACCAUGUCCAAUGUGGCGCUGGCCUUUCUGGAGCCCACCAUUUCGCUGUGGAUGGAGGAUACCAUGACCACGGACAACUGGAAGAUUGGCAUGGUCUGGCUGCCCGCCUUCUUCCCCCAUGUACUGGGCGUUAUAAUUACAGUCAAAAUGGCACGCAAAUAUCCGCAGCAUCAGUGGCUCAUGGCAGCGGGCGGACUGGCGCUCGAGGGCUUCUCCUGCUUCAUCAUACCCUUCUGCAGCGGCUACAAGAUGCUCAUGCUGCCCAUCUGCGUCAUCUGCUUUGGCAUUGCGCUGAUCGAUACGGCGCUGCUGCCCACGCUGGGCUAUCUGGUGGACGUGCGCUACGUUUCCGUCUACGGCAGCAUCUACGCCAUAGCCGACAUCAGCUACUCCAUUGCCUAUGCCGUGGGCCCAAUCAUCGCGGGCGGCGUAGUCGAGGCCAUUGGCUUUACGGCGCUCAACUUUCUGAUUGCCUUCUCCAACCUGGCCUACGUGCCUGUGCUGCGCAAGCUGCGCAAUAUCUAUGACUUUAAGCCGUUCGAGAAUGAGGCCAAUAUACUGAUGCAGGAUCCGCCGAACAAGGAGUAUCAGACGUAUGUCAUGCACGACCAGAAGCCCGUCGAGGGCGAGCUAAAGAAUCAUCUGGAGUAUGGCCAGCAGUAUCAGACACAGCAGCAGCAGCAGGAGACCAAUCUGGAUGAGCAACAGUACGAGUAUCAGGCGCAGCAGGGAUAUCAACAGGCCGGCAGCAGUGGCUAUCAACAGGAUCAGGGCUAUCAGCCAGGAUAUCAGGAGCAGGGCGGUCAGCCACAGCCACGCGCGGCUAAUCCUUUCCAGCAGCAGCAGCAACAGCAAAGCAGAGGUCCUGCCGGACCAGCGAAUCCAUUCAGACAAGGAUUUUAAAGUGUUGUCUUAACUCAAAACUAGCAUUAAUUUAUAUUUGUUUAAACUUAUUAACUUGAGGCAAUUGUUUGUACAUUUCGUUAGAGUUUUUCGUAUCGCGUCAGUCUGUUAAAGCGAUAUUUCGAUACAUAUAUAUAUAUAACUAUAGUAAGUGGUUACGUACACUAUAAAAUGGAGCUGCUACGUUAGUUAGAGCGCUUGCACUCGCCGUUUGUAUUAUACACGACUGCAGUUUGAGCUCACGUUCAAGUGCACGCUAAGUAAAUAAUUAUGACAAAAGAU